GCUAGAAAUAUAGCACAGAGACUCGCAAAAGCGAGCGGCCUGCAUGGGUGGUGGGCUGUGCGUCAUGGAUCCACAAUGCCCCUGAUUCGGGAUCCCAGCUAUGCAAGGGUUGAAAGCAGUGAUAUUGAUUACUUUCGCGGCCUGCUUGGAGACACCGGGGUCAUCACCGACAGUACAGCUUUGCAAGCUCUGAACCAGGACUGGAUGGGGAAGUACGAGGGGAAGAGCACUGUUGCCCUUCGGCCCAAGUCUACAGAGCAGGUCUCCAAGAUACUCGCGCACUGCAAUGCAAGGAGACUGGCCGUCGUGCCACAGGGAGGCAAUACUGGAUUGGUAGGAGGGAGCGUACCUCUCUUCGAUGAGAUCGUCCUCACCACAACCAAUUUAAAUCGUAUCAUCUCCUUUGACGAGGUAAGCGGGACGCUGGUGUGCGAGUCUGGGUGCAUUCUGGAGGAAUUGGACCGCCAUGUGGGGGGUCAUGGAUUCACCAUGCCACUUGAUCUGGGCGCCAAGGGCAGCUGCCAGAUUGGCGGCAACGUCUCCACCAAUGCCGGUGGGCUUCGGCUGUUGCGGUACGGUAGCCUGCACGGCACAGUGCUGGGGCUGGAGGCCGUGCUGGCGGAUGGGACAAUCGUCGACACAUUACAAACGCUGCGCAAAGACAACACCGGCUACGAUCUCAAACAGCUCUUCAUUGGUGCGGAGGGAACGCUGGGCGUGGUCACAGCUGUCUCCAUCCUGUGCCCGCCGCGGCCGUCGGCGGUGCACGUCAGCUACCUCGCAGUCCCAGACUUUGCAACCAUCCAAAAGGUAUUUGUGAGGGCGCGGCAGAAGCUGGGUGAGAUCCUGUCGGCCUUCGAGUUCCUGGACCAGCAGUCGCUGGAGCUCACCCUGGAGCACUUGGAGGGCGUGCGCAACCCCCUGCCAGACACCCAAACGCCCUUCUACCUCGUGGUGGAGACCUCCGGCAGCAAUGAGGCGCACGACUAUGAAAAAAUGGAGGGGUUCUUGGAGGAGGUGAUGGAGGAGGGGUGGGUGCUGGACGGCACGAUAGCGCAAGACAGCACGCAGACGGCCGCCAUCUGGGGCCUCAGGGAAGGCAUCUCCGUCGCCCUCAAGCACGCAGGCGCGGUGUACAAGUAUGACCUGAGCAUGCCGGUGCCGGAGAUGUACAGUCUGGUGGAAGAGACCCGGCAGCGGCUGGCGGGGCUGCCAGUGGAGGUGGUGGGCUACGGGCAUCUGGGGGACGGCAAUCUGCACCUCAACAUCUCCACCAAGCACUACGACGAAAACAUCCUGAAGCACAUCGAGCCGUUCGUGUACGAGUGGACGGCCGCGCGCCGCGGCAGCGUCAGCGCCGAGCACGGCCUCGGCCAGAUGAAGGCGGACUGCAUCGGGUACACCAAGUCCCAGGAAGCUGUGAAGUUGAUGGGACAGAUCAAGAGGGUGUUCGAUCCAAAUGGCAUCCUCAAUCCCUACAAGGUCCUGCCACAGGAUGGGGCGUCCAGAGGCGACCAUCACGCAAACGCUAUGGCGGCCUAGAUUGUGCCACCUUUUUAUUCUCUGAAUGUGCACCACCCGUUCUUUCAAAUUGUGAGAUGCUGUAUUGAGCAUCACUCAUAACAAUGUACUCCUAUAUCUAACGUAUUCACUGGAUAUUGUACAUGUCCAAAUGGACUGAUGAGUUCUAUAAAAAAAAUCUGACUCUGUGAUUCCCGCCAUGGGGACUCAAGUGCCUUUAGUUGUCUGUUGAAGCCAUCUGACAAGUUGGAGUAGAAUCGUCGUAAAAGGAAUCAACCUGAUGUGGGUGUGACCACUAGACAUAUAACAUCUACUAGACGUGCCUUGAAGACACAAGUCUUUCACCAGACGUUCCUCUAGAUUUGGCGGUGUACUCAAGCAUGAGCAUGGCAGGUUUGCUAAAGCUUAGAGAACCAUCCGAUCGGCUGCUCGACCCACAGCUUGAUGAGAUGAUGCGCAAUGGCCCACGGCGGUGGAACAAAGAAGUCCAGAUC